CUCCCAUCGCGUCAGUUAAAAAAAGAAAAAAAAAAAAGAAGCCUGGCUAUAUUGGAGCCAGUUGGCCGUUGGAAGUAAACAUUCUAUCAGCGACCGUGCUGCAGGCACAACGUCUCGUCAAGUCGUCCCAUCUUGUUUGAAUUUCGACAUUUUUUCUGAGCGAUCCUCGGGUUGUCGUCGUGUGCAAUUCUCAUUCGUCUGUUUACAUCGUUUAAUUGAAAAAAAAAGAAAACCAGUGAACUGAAUAACGAACUUGUUCGAGUGAGCGCAGUGACGUUUUUCUUUCGAUUUCCAAUGCGCUGUUUAUUAAACUGAAUCAAAUUUCGAUUAGUCGCAAAGCGAUUAGUGCAAGGCCAGAGAGACGAGAUUCGAUUCAAUCUCUUUGGAAAUUUUUGUUUGAACGAUCAACUCGUCCGUCAGAAUGCCUCGUCCAUGUCGCGAGAGCUACGGCGACCAGAAGCCACCAUAUUCCUACAUCGCCCUGACGGCGAUGGCCAUUUUAUCGUCUUCGGAGCGGAUGCUGCCGCUGGCCGACAUCUACCGCUACAUCAUGGAGCGGUUCCCUUACUACAGGAAGAACACGCAGCGCUGGCAGAAUUCGUUGCGUCACAACCUGUCGUUCAACGACUGCUUCCUCAAAGUGCCGCGACGCCCCGACCGGCCCGGCAAAGGCGCCUACUGGACCCUUCACCCGCACGCCAUCAACAUGUUCGAGAACGGCUCACUUUUGCGUCGUCGCAAGCGUUUCAAGUUGCACAAAGCCGACAAGGACCUGUUGGAGACGGAGUUGGCCGCUCUGUCCAGCAUGAACCGAAUGAUGCAGCAGCAAUCGGCAGCCGCUAAUGCGUCAGCUGGACCACAUCAGCCAUCAUCGACACCGACGGCAUCAGGACCGGCACCUAGGGGACCUUCUCCACUACCGGCGGCCGUCCAGCAACAACAGCCUCAACACAACGCGUCCAAUUUGCCAGUACCGGCCGCUCAGGCCCAGGUGGCAGCCGUCAUGUCGGCCUGCGGUCCCAUGACGGCCUAUCCGGCCAUCCCUUACGGAAUGGGCUUCGCCUACAACCAGGCCGCCAUGGCAGCGGCUGUGGCUGCAGCUGCGGCCAGCCACCCUACUCCGGCGAUGAUGGCCGCCGCGGCCGCUGCCGCCCAGCAGCGUGUCCACGGAUUCCAUCCUCACGGACCUACACCGGCGAUGGGAUCUCCGCCUUCCUACCAGGCCUAUAAUCACGGCACCGGCGGCUUCGGAUCCGUCAUCCAACACCAGCAGCAGCAGCAACCGUCGCCGCUAGGUAAAUUCACCAGUCAUACGACGAGCCUAUGUUCGCCGGUCGGAGCGGAUUGCGUGUCCGGUGGAAACGUGAAACCCAAGAGGUCGUUCACUAUCGCUAGCCUCAUCGCUGACGAUUCAGAUUCGUCCGACGAUGAGCAACCAGUGGCCAAACAAAAGAAGAAGAACCAUCAAGUCAACAGUGACGUGUUGCUCCUCGAUGGCGAUUCGGCAGCGGAUUGUUCGUCCUCUUCAUCGUCCUCACCGUCUGAUGAUGAAUCAGAAGUCGACAUCGAAGCUGAAGAUGCUGAAGAAGAGGCCGCGCGAUCGGCUGCGACCACUCCGCUACUUCCACCAGCUUCCACGUUAACCAAACCGUGCCCGGCUGAUGGCCGGUUAGGAAGUUCACCUCAACAGCAGCCAUCGCCUCAUCUGUUGAUGCCGAUUCCAUCGUACAUGGCCUACGCUGGGAUGGCGCCGUCUGGUGCCUUUCCUUACGGAAUGGCCAGCAUGCAACAGCAUCACCAACAGUUUCACGACAUGUCCGCAGCAGCCGCCGCCGCCGCCUCGGCUGCUUUUUUAGGGCUGGCCCGGCACAGUAAUCGCGGCGACGCGCCCGCUAAAGAGGACUGCAGGCCGUCGUCUCUGUCGCCGGAUGUCUCAUCGAAAAGCCCUCAACCAGCGCCAGUCACACAACUGCCCGCCGUUCAUCAGCAUCCCUUUCUGACGGCGGCCGACUGCAGCCGGGACAAACUGCAGCCAAGCCCGCUGUCCCCAUCCGUUCAGCGGCCGCAACCUUCGUCCCCGUUGAAUCAGCACGGGCCAGUGCCUCAGCAUCUUCAUCACUACCACCACCUACACCACGCCGGUGUUUUUUUAAGCCCAAGCCCCGACGCCGACUCGUCGAAAAGUAAAGACGGCGUCUUUCGCUUCAGUCCUAACUUGAGAUCCAUUUGACUUCCGUAGCCGGGACUUACUGUCGUCGCAAAACAAAAAUGCCUAACAAUCAAGUCUAUAUGAUGCCUACAUUGUAUUUAAAACAAACAAAAAAAAACAACUAUGAACAGAGAGAUAUAAGUGUAUAUGUAAAUUUUGAAUGAAAAUGAGAGCGGGUAUUGGUAAUGAAGUGAGCAAACAAAAUGAUCUGUCCGGAAAGAAAAAGAACAUUUAAAAAAAAAAAAAAAAAAAAAAAAUAACAUUUAAGCUAAACGCUUAAACUCAUUUAUUUUCUCAAUAUAACAUUCUGCUGAUUUCUGUGACCGUUGUUUUUUUGUUUUUUUUUUCAUUUUUCAUUUCGAUUAUUUUUUUUUUUUUUUUUUUGUUCAUUUUGUAUUAACCGGAAUUGCACUGGGCCGGUUACCUCAAAUUCUGCCUGUCAAAUCGUAAUUCGUACGUAUGUGUGUAUAUGUAGGCCUAUGCUGUAUAAAAGAAAGUUUGAGCGAGCAAGAUCGAAAU